UGUGCGCACCGGUUGCGGGGCGGGGGGUGUCCCCCCGGUUUGCUCGGGGGUCCCGGGGUGGGGGUGGGGGUGGGUGGGGGGUCCCGGUGACGGGAUGGAGCUUGCGGUGCUCCUGGCUCUUUUGGGGGCGGCCCGGGCUUUUUCCACGUGCCGUUCGUUGGAUUUGGAAGCGGCGCGGAGGAAACGCAUCGAAGCGGUGCGGGGUCAAAUCUUAAGCAAACUCCGGUUACCGGCGCCCCCCGCCGCCGCCCCCCCGCCCCAACCGCUGCCCGACGAGGUGCGGGCGCUCUACAACAGCACCCAGGAGCUGCUGCGGCAGCGGGCGCGGCUCCGGCCCCCCGACGACCCCGAGGAAUAUUACGCCAAAGAACUCCAUCGCUUCCCCAUGGAACCGCCUGGAGAGGGCCCCCUGGAGCACUGGCGCCCGACGAGCCACAGCACCUUCUUCAUCUUCAACACGACGCGGGUGCGGGCGGAGAUCGGGCACGAGGCGCUGCUGCACCGGGCCGAGCUGCGGAUGCUGCGGCAGCGGGCGGGCGCCGAGAACCUGGGGGUCGAGCAGCGCCUCGAGCUCUACCAGGGCUACGGCAACGCCUCGUGGCGGUACCUGCACGGGCGCUCGGUGCGGGCGACGGCGGAGGAGGAAUGGCUCUGGUUCGACGUCACCGACGUCGUCCAGCAGUGGCUCAGCAGCAGCGAGCCCCUCGGCAUGUUCAAGCUGAGCGUCCACUGCCCCUGCGAGCAGGGUCCCGGCGGCGCCGAUGACAUGCGCAUCUCCAUCGAAGGCUUCGAGCAGCAGCGGGGGGACAUGCAGGGCAUCGCCAAGAAGCACCGGCGCGUCCCCUACGUCCUGGCCAUGUCGCUGCCCCCCGACCGCGCCAACGACCUCCACAGCUCCCGCCGCCGCCGCGCCCUCGACACCGACUACUGCUUCGGGACGGAGGAGAAGAACUGCUGCGUGCGGCCGCUGUACAUCGACUUCCGCAAGGACCUGCAGUGGAAGUGGAUCCACGAGCCCAAGGGCUACAUGGCCAACUUCUGCAUGGGCCCCUGCCCCUACAUCUGGAGCGCCGACACCCAGUACACCAAGGUCCUGGCCCUGUACAACCAGCACAACCCGGGGGCUUCGGCGGCGCCGUGCUGCGUCCCCCAGACCCUCGACCCCCUCCCCAUCGUCUACUACGUGGGGCGCAAGGCGCGGGUGGAGCAGCUCUCCAACAUGGUGGUCCGCGCCUGCAAGUGCAGCUGACCCCCCCCCCAAAAUCCCCCCUCCCCCCCCAGCGCCGCCCCAACCCCCCCCGGCGCCACCACGGGAAAAAACUUAUUUAAUUUUUAGCCGGUUCUUCUUU